AUGGUCGUGCCGUCGGCGGCGAGCCGGGACAUGGCGCCGGAGUCGCUCCCGCUCGGCAUUAUCCCGACGGUGGACAUGUCGGCGCCGUCGGGGCGCGGCGACCUGGCGCGCCGGCUGGUGCGGGCCUGCGCGGAGCGCGGCUUCUUCAAGGCCGUCAACCACGGCGUGCCGGCGCGCGCCGCCGCGCGGCUGGACGCCGCGGCGUCGGCGUUCUUCGCGCGCCCCGCGCGGGCGAAGCAGGCAGCCGGGCCGCCGGACCCGCUCGGGUACGGCAGCCGGAACAUCGGGGGCAACGGCGACGUCGGCGAGCUCGAGUACCUCAUCCUGCACGCGGACCCCGCCGCGGUGGCGCGCAAGGCCACGGUCAUCGACGCCGAGGAUCCGUCGCGGUUCAGCGUAGCAGUGAACGAGUACGUGGACGCGGUGCGGCGUCUCGCGUGCCGGGUUCUGGACCUGCUCGGCGAGGGCCUGGGCUUCAGGGACCCGACGUCCCUCAGCCAGCUCAUCUCCGCCGUCGACAGUGACUCCCUCCUCCGGAUCAACCACUAUGCUACUUCCGCCGCCGCCCUGCAGGGUCCCGGUGGCCGGAGCUGCACGAAGGGCAGCAUCGGGUUCGGCGAGCACACCGACCCACAGAUCCUCAGCGUUCUCCGCGCCAACGACGUCGACGGCCUGCAGGUGCUGCUGCCCGACGGCUGCGGCGGCGGCGACGAGUGGGUCCCGGUGCCGGCUGACCCGGCCGCGUUCUUCAUCAACGUCGGCGAUCUCCUCCAGGCUCUGACGAACGGGCGGCUGGUGAGCAUCCGGCACAGGGUGAUGGCCAGCACCACCAGGCCACGGCUGUCCACCAUCUACUUCGCCGCGCCGCCGCUGCGCGCGCUGAUCGCGGCGCUCCCGGAGACGGUUGCCGCCGGCACGCCGCGGCGGUACAGGCCCUUCACAUGGGCAGAGUACAAGAAGGCCAUGUACGCACACCAGCUCAGCCACAACCGCCUCGACCUCUUCCAUGCCUCCAGCGACGAUGCCGCUGAUGACGGACACAGCUGAACAGCGUGAGAGGCUGAGAGCUCACCAUCUGGUCAGAGACGAGAUAGCUGUGCAACGAAAUUUUGCAGCUUGGCAGGUGACUGAUGUGUAUUUGCUGGCAGUUAUCGUACAGUGAGAUGUACUACUGCAAGAGCCGUUUAUAUGCUUUGUGACGGGGGAGU